CCCUCCUUUGCUACUCCCGUUCCUGAAACACCAAUUCAUUCCCAAAAUAUGCCCGUUGAAGAUUCAUCUGUGGCAAAUUCAAAUCCAACUGCUGAUGUUAAAAAGAUUGUUUUGUUAAAACGAAAUCCAAACAAUGCUACCGAUAAUAAUAGUACACAAUCCGGUGCUGGAUCUAGUACUCUCAUUUCAUCCAUCGAUUUGAUGCAAACCCCAAGCAGAUCUGGUUCUUCAUCACCAAAUCUUGAAGUUGAAUUGACGCCUGAGCAAACUGCACAUCUCGGAGAAAUAGAUUUCAACACAGGUCUUGAUGGUUUCUUGCUGGCAGCACUAAAGAAUCCUAAAGAUAGAUUAUUUCUCUUAAAACUAGAUAGAGAAAUGGAACGGUUUAUUAACGAAAAAAAUCAUACGAGAUUAGAAUUUCCGCCUAUGAAUUCCUAUCAACGACUAAUCGUCCAUCGUGUUGCACAAUAUUUUAAAUUAUCACACGUUGUUGACAGCAGUGGAAAGGCUGUCGUCCUUUACAAAUCAUCCGAAACACAAAUACCAAUCCUUCGAUUUUCGGAUCUUCUUGAGCAAGAGGAGGAAAAGCCGGAGAAAUCCGUAAAGAUCAUGAGACGACAACAGAUAAACGCUCAAUCACAACUUCGAUCUACUGGUGAUUCGGAUAGUAAUUCCGAAGGGGAACGUAAAAUAUUAACAAUUGAAGAACGGGAAGCUGCAUACCAAAAAGCAAGAGCAAGAAUAUUUAAAGAUUUGGAACAAAAGAACGAGGAGAAUGAACAAGAUGAAACUGAAGAAUCUAUUUCUUCAAGCCCAAGCACUAAAAAUUCUAAUACUUCAAACAACAAUGAUCAACAAAACA